AUGCAGCUCGAAGAUCUUCAAAAUGCCAUUGAGUUUCUCAGUGCAAUCAAAGACGCAAAUCUGGAUGAUCCGAACAUGCCAAUCCAUCCAGAAACUCUCAAACGGCUUCGAAAUCCUCCCCAGCAUCCAUGUGUUCUCGAAGAUGCUCACAAAUGUUUCACUCUCGACCUCUUCCUGGCAACCACCAACGCAUCUGAGCAAACUUACAAUGAUGUCUGCAAGGCCUAUGCAUGUUUGCACCCAGAACAUGCAGACAAGAUACUUUCACACUAUCGCAUGAAGCACCGAAUGGUCGAACUUACAGGAGUGGACUUGUUGGUUCACGAUAUGUGCAUCAAUUCCUGUAUAGCAUAUACAGGGCCAUUAGCCUGCCUUGAAAAGUGUCCGAAGUGUGAUACAUCGUGA